AUGUUCGUUUUAAAUUCUGAUUUUUACAUUUUAGUUCUGAUAGAGUUUAUUCUGGAAAUGUUUAUUUUAAAUUCUGAUUUAAUUUUCUGGUUUCUUAUGUUCGUUUUAAAUUCUGCUUUUUAUUUUUUCCUUCCUAAGAAUGUUUUCCGGAAAUGUUCGUUUUAAAUUCUGAUUUUUUUGUUGUUGUGUUUUCUGGAAUUGUUAGGUGGAAAGACUCUGACGAUACAAUUAAAAAAGAAGAAAAAAUUGCUUCAACAUUUUCUUCUUCAAUUUUUGCAAAUAAAAUACCAGAGCAUUUAAACAAUUCAUUCAAACAAAUUUAUUCUUCUACUUCAAAUAAUUCUGUACCCAUUAAUAAUCAUAUUAUUCAACCUUCAACAAGUACAAAUGUUGCUAGUUGUUCAACUGAAGCAAUGGAAAAUUUGGCUGAUUUGGCAUUGGCACAAUUGGCGGAAUUCCCAUUAAUUCCGUCUUCGUCUACCUCAGUUUCAUCAUCUAUUUUAAUGCCUCCACCUCCACUACCUCCCCCACCACCAAUUAAUAUUACUUCAAUAAAUACUUCAACAAUUUCUACCCAAAUUUAUGGUAUUAGUAAUAACUUAAAAUCAACAAUAACAACAAAAAAUGAAUUGUUUCAACAACCAAAUAAUAAUAAUAAAUUUAAUAGUCAACAUAAAAAAGAUGUUAAAAAUGAUUCUGAUAGUAUAGAUGAGAAAAUUGUAAAAAUUUUAAAAGAACAACUUGGUGCUGAAGGUACUUCAUUUGUUGUUAAUGCUUGUGCUCGUGUAAGACCUUUUGUAUUUGAACGGGAUAUACAAAAGCAGAAACAACAACAAUAUGGAAAAGCUGAAAAUAAAAGCAACUUUCAUUAUUCAAAUCUUCUACUUUCUCGUAACUGUAAUAAUAAAUCUAUUAUUGAUAAAACAACAACAAAUAAUAGUUUAACAACAAAGUAUAUUUCACCAUCCUCUUCAAAUUGUGUUGAUGUUAUUGUUGAUGUUGUUGAUGAUAGUCAUUUAUACAAUGAAACAAAAAAUAAGGAUAAUUUGGAUGAUUAUAUACAAAUUGAAAAUGAUGAUAAUUUUAUAAAAAAUAAUUGUAAACAAGGGAAAGAACUAAAUGGAUUUGUUGCUGCUGAUGGUGGUAGUGGUAGUGGGGAAAAAGAAAUGAAAAUGGAUGUUUCAAGUGUGGUACAACCAUUACCUCCUACUACUACAACAACAACAUCAGCGCCAACUUUGUUUUCGACAAAAAUCAUUCAAAAUAUUCCAGUAUUAAUAGAAGAGGAAGCAUCUGGUCUAGAUUUUUUGGCGUCAACAGCAAGUUUAUUGCAACCAAUUGAAAUGAACAAGUCAAAUAGUGAAAAUAAUAAAGGCAAUUUAUUUAAUGAACAAAAUAUGAGUAAUAAUAAUAAACAGCGGCAUUCAACUUUUACAAAAUGA